CGAGGCAGAGGAGGAGGAGGAGGCAGCAGCGGCAGGACAGACAGACGGGGCCUUUUUAUCCAGAGCUCAAUGGCUUACGACAAGCAAUAAAUUGCGCUGUCAGCGAAUUUGAUUACUGUAUUCGUCCUGGUGCCUUCCAUCCGUGGCGGCUUUAGCAUCGACGGGGUGGUCGGCGUGGGAGGAGUCGCGAGAGGGCAACAGAGCAACAGAACGACCGCGCAACCAGCAACUGCGUCGAGCGGGGCGGAGUCGUGGUCGAUGCGCGGCGACUAUGGGCGCGCGAGGAGGAGGAGCGGGAGCGGGAGCGGGAGCGCGGGCGGUGGUGGUUCUGCGCUCUGGCCGCGGCUCGUCUGCGAGCCCGCCGCGCGUUCUGGUCGCUGUCGAGAAGGAGGAGCAGAAGAAGCUGUUCGGUCGUUGGUUCGUCCGUUCGAACGUUGCGCGCAUGGCGAACGGGAACGGAGCCGCGAUUCGUCCGCUCGCGUGAUCGGAUGAAGGACGACUGCGAGGCGCGGCUGAGAAGCACGAGCGGUUGUGUAGCGCCCCGAGCCCCGAGAGCCGCAAGGUGGUGCUCCUCGUUUUAAAAGAGUCGAAAGUGCGAGCGUCGUAGUUGUGAGGUGCGUCGAGAGGAGCAGGAGCAGGAGGAGGAGGAGAAGAAGCAGGCACGGCAGGCAGGGAAGGGGAAGGGAAGAGGGGAGGGGGGGCCGCGAGGGCGCCGGGGGCGCGACAUGGGCAUGGUGGACGAGAGGAGCCGGAGCACGUCAGCCCUGAGCUGGUUCCCGUUGGCUUCUGCGCCUGUCGUCAUGGGCAGGCCCUGGUGAUCAGGAGUUUCUGGCCGGGUUUCUGGUUUCGCAUUUUCGUUUUCGCUGGAGUUUGGCAAUCCGGCUUCGCGCGGGCGAAAUUCGGUCGAGCCAGAUCAGAUCAGAUCAGCGCCCUCGUUCGGUCGUUCGUCCGUUCGUUCGUUGGUUCGCUCGCUCGCUCGCUCCGUUUUCGAGGUUUGGUUGGCACUGCUCUUGUUUGCCUUCUUGUUUCUCUUAUUUGCAAACGAACGAAAGGCGUGGCAGACGAAUGUUCCGGGGCGCUUCCGAUCCCGAUCCUGAGAGGAGAGGUGAGGCGUAGAGAGCGAAUCCGAAACGCACCGCCGCGCGAGGAGAGAGAGGUUAGUGCGCGAGAGGUUUGGAGUGUAGAGUUCGGAAACGGGAGCUGGUUUUGGAUCAAUGUUGGUCGUGGAAUAGGAGGGAAAGAGAAGAGAGGACGUUGCGAGGGAGUGGUUUUAAAAAAAUCACAUGGGCGGCCCGUUGCAGCAGUCUGCCAGCGCGGGGCCGCACAUCUCUAGCCAUGGCGCCGAUACCGGCGAUGCAGUUAUGGCGCGCUGGUUGCAAUCGGCGGGCCUGCAGCAUCUCGCAGCUCCUUUGGCCGCUGCUGCCCUUGACCACAGGCUCCUCCCGUCUUUGCUGAUGCAGUGAAGGGAAGGAAGGACGAUUAAGACAAGACUGUUCGCCUCGAGAAGUGUAGAGCGUGGACUUUGUCCUACCUGCAGUGUCUUCCCAAAGUGAUUUACUGUGGUUAUCGUUGAUGCUCUUGUUUAUAGUUUUUGUAUAAACCUGGGAGUCGUUGUUUACAGGAUUAUGCAAGGUAUGGAGUGCAGUCCUUGGAGGACAAGCAGAAGUUAUUCAGGUUGAUAAAGACUAUUAGCAGUGGUGCCGAACCGAGUUCCGAGCCGACCACACCUCCUCCUUAUUCACGUCCAGCAAAUCGAAGUGGCAUGGAUUUUUUGUCCCCAGAGUUUAGAGGUGACUUUGGGGCCGGUAUACUGGAUCUUCAUUCAAUUGACGAUUCUGAGCUUUUCUCUGAGGUAUCAAUUCCGGAGCCUUUUCAUUCUUCCCCAUCUUUUGUACCUGUAAUCGAAAAAGGUUUUGAAAACGACUUCGAGUCAUCUUUUAAUAUUGGCAAGUCGCAAAACAAAGCUAAGUUUAAUGCUGAAAGUAGCCCAUUGAGAUCGAAUACGCUGGAGAGGGAAAGAGGAGCUGGUAGAGACAAUACCGUGGCAAGAAUCAAAGUUGUGGUGCGAAAAAGACCCAUAAACAAGAAGGAGCUUGCACGUAAGGAAGAUGAUAUCGUAACUAUCGAGGACAAUUCUACUGUUACAGUCCAUGAACCAAAAUUGAAGGUGGAUUUGACCGCAUACGUUGAAAAGCACGAAUUUGUCUUUGAUGCAGUUCUGGAUGAAUCUGUUAGCAAUGAUGAAGUGUACAACGUCACCGUGGAGCCAAUCGUCCCCGCCAUAUUUCAGCGCACAAAAGCCACCUGUUUUGCCUACGGUCAAACAGGUAGUGGAAAGACUUACACGAUGCAACCAUUGCCUCUCAGAGCCUCUCAAGACAUUCUUGGCCUCAUGCAGCAGUCAUCGUACAAGUAUGAGGGGUUUCAGCUGUGGCUUAGCUUUUUUGAGAUAUACGGUGGUAAACUUUAUGACCUUCUGAACGAAAGGAGGAAGCUUUGUAUGAGAGAAGAUGGUCGACAACAAGUAUGCAUUGUCGGUCUCAAAGAAUACCGCGUAUCAGAUGUACAACUCGUGAAAGAGUACAUAGAUAAGGGGAAUGCUUCAAGGAGCACUGGUUCAACUGGAGCAAACGAAGAGUCAUCACGUUCCCAUGCCAUACUUCAACUAGUUAUUAAAAAAAGUCCAGAUGGUAGUGACGCUAAAGCAGCGGCUCGUCCACAGGGAAAGCUUUCAUUUAUUGAUUUAGCCGGAAGUGAACGUGGAGCAGACACAACUGAUAAUGAUCGCCAAACGAGGAUGGAAGGAGCUGAGAUUAACAAGAGUUUGCUAGCUUUGAAGGAGUGCAUCAGAGCCCUCGACAACGAUCAGGGCCACAUACCCUUCCGAGGAAGUAAGCUUACCGAGGUGCUUCGAGAUUCCUUUGUUGGAGACUCAAGGACCGUCAUGAUUUCGUGUAUUUCUCCAAAUGCCGGCUCCUGCGAACAUACCCUGAAUACCCUCAGAUACGCUGACAGAGUCAAGGGACUUUCUAAAAGCGGGAGUUCCAAAAGGGAGACAACGACGGUUACAGCUCCCACAGCUCAGAGGGAGACUAAUAACUCUCCACCUCCAGCUCCAACUGUACAACCACCUCCUCAGCAGGUGCAGGAAUUUCAGCAGGAAAGCAGAGGGUCAGAAAGGUUCAUGUGGCAGAACCAGAUGGCAGAACGUGAAGGUCUUUCUGUGGGAGAGUAUACUUAUUCUGGUAGAGAAGAGAGCAGAAUGAACUCAAGCUUUUCAGGAAGAGAGGAGAGGGGUAUGAACUCAAACUUUCAAGGGAGAGAAGAUAGAGGAAUGAACUCUGGUUUCUCCGGCAGAGAGGAGAGUAGAUUGCCCUCAGGCUUUCAAGGAAGAGAGGAGAACAGAAUGCCAUCUAAUUUCCAGGGACGGGAGGAAAACAGGAUUCCAUCCUUCCAAGGAAGAGAAGAGAGCAGGAAUACCUCGUUUCAGGGAAGAGAGGAGAACCGGAUCCCCUCGUAUCAAGGACGAGAGGAAAACAGGAUUCCCACUUUCCAAGGAAGAGAUCAAGACAGCAGAAUGAAUUCGGGUUUUCAAGGAAGAGAGCAAGAUAGCAGAAUGACCUCAGGUUUCCAAGGGAGAGAACAGGAGGGCAGAAUGAACUCCAACUUUCAAGGGCGAGAGCAGGAAAACAGAAUGAACUCUAGCUUCCAAGGGCGAGAGCAGGAGAGCCGAAUGUCCUCCGGAUUUCAAGGCCGAGAGCAGGAGAGCAGAAUGACCUCUGGCUACCAAGGACGAGACCAAGAAAGUAGAAUGAACUCCGGAUUUCCUAGUCGGGAACAGGAGGGCAGAAUGAACUCUGGUUUUCCUGGAAGAGAGCAGGAGAGCAGAAUAACUUCUGGGUUCUCCGGAAGAGAUGAGAGCAGAAUGACCUCCGUGGCUAGUGAGAAGGAUAGAAUGAACUUCAGAGACAAUAUGGACAGUGGAAUCGGAAAUCUGCGGGACAUGUCAGCACCUGGGGGUAAUGAUAGUCUAGAGCAAGAAAGACAUCAGCUCGUCUUACCUUCACGAAGGAAGGGUACCAGGGAAGAUAAAUCUGACAGAAAUAGCGUUCAAGUUAAAGAAGAACUUUCAAGAGCCGAUUCCAUGAAUGGAUACCAGAGGAGAAGUAACCCGAAGGAUGAACUCAGCAUGAAUGCUUCACAGUACGCGAUGAAAGAAACGGACAGUGAACUGGAGUCUAUCCAAACAGGUUAUGAUGGGCAUAUCAAUGCGAUACUCGAGGAAGAGGAGGAAGUCAUAUCUGCACAUCGAAAGGAAGUGGAGGACACUAUGGAAAUCGUGCGCGAGGAAAUGAAACUUCUUGCAGAAGUCGAUCGCCCUGGCAGCCGAAUAGACCGCUACGUGUCUCAACUGAAUUAUGUACUUUCUCGGAAAGCGGCAGGAAUUGUUAAUCUCCAGGCUCGACUCACGAGGUUUCAACGUCACUUAAAGGAACAGGAGAUCCUGAGUCGUACAACUGGUCUUCGACAACCAUGAUGAGAUCCAGUUCACCUUGAGAUUGCUACAGAUUUGUUUUGAACCAUUAGGAUUAUUCUCAUUUAUCGAAUAAGAAGCUCGAUUACCAGGAGGAUGAGUUGGUUCAUCAAGAUUAGCCUGUCAACUGAUUAGGGAGUCGAGCAUAUUCUUGGAAGAUAUCAAACAUGUGAAAAUCAAGUCUCUUUCAGUGAUGAAGCCUUGAUGGGGAUUUGGUUGGUGAAGUUUGGGUAGAAUCCCAUUUGAUUGCAGAGGGCACUUAUUUCUGUCAGGGUUGUGCCUGAAGAUAGCGGCGCAUUUGUGCCAGAAGUGUUCACAGCCCGGAAUGGGUGUUUGGUAUGCCUUCCUGACGCUAUUCAAUCCUCCCGUGGAUUGCUAGCAUACUGCCUCGAAUAGGAAUUGACGUCUAUUGGGUAGUUUUGCCUCAGACUUUAACUUCAGUUAUUUGAAAUAGCUUGUCUGAGAGGGGAAAUGUUCAUACACUCAGCUUGUAUUAUUAUUGUACAACCGUUUGCAGAUUCUUGGUCUCACGAAGCUCCAUCUUUCCUCUGCUAAGAUGGCACCAAGGUCUUUUUUACCCACGCAAAAUAUGUGUUUGUGAGCAAACGAGAGCAAGUGAUGCCUUCAGCUUGUACGUAGCAAUGCAAACACUCUUGUUACCAAAUUUUGUUUUGCAGUAAUCUUCAUUACGUCAAAUGUCAGUGGGAGUACACCCAUAUCCAAGCGGUGGAUGCAGCCUUUUUUAUUUUCUUAAUUGAAGCGAUUGACUUCUGUGAUGUGGCACUGCGAUUCAGUGAGUAGGGACGUGGUGAGUUGAAAAUCAUUGACUUCAAUUUUCGGACCUUAAAUGAGAAAACUCAGAGACUUCUUUUGUAUAUUCUUUUAUUAUUUAUUAUAUAGUGGUAUUGCCAGAACAGG